AUGGAGAUUGCAGUGCCCUCGUCCACGGAAGGUGUGUCAGGUGAAGAAGAAGAAGAAAGCAAUGAUAUAGAUUGUAAUGAAGUAAGGGUCUCGUCUACUGCUAUGGCAGAACCAUCCACCGCCGAAACCACCUCCGCCAGCGAUGCUCAUCCGCCAGCGCCGGCGCCGGCUUCCUCGCCUAAGAGCUGGGCCGACGAAGCAAAUGAAGAAACCAACGCAACGCCGAGCUUCGAGACAGCAACCUCGUCGCUCAACGUCGACGGAUUAACGAUCGACGAGAACAAGAAGCCUUCUCCCAAGUUCUUGGACGAGCCUGAAGACUACAACAUCCAAGCGGUUUCGUCCGGCGACACUCCGUACACGUCAGCUACCACCUUCGAAGAAUUGAAUCUCUCACCGGAGCUUUUGAAGGGACUCUACGUGGAGAUGAAGUUCCAGAAACCUUGUAAGAUCCAAGUCGUAACCUUGCCUAUGAUCUUGAAUCCUCCGAAUAGGGAUUUGAUCGCACAGGCGCAUAACGGUUCCGGAAAAACCACGUGUUUCCUUCUUGGUAUGCUUAGUCGAGUUGAUCCAAAGUUGCAGGCUCCUCAAGCUUUCUGCAUUUGCCCAACCAGGGAGUUGGCUAUUCAGAAUACUGAAGUUCUCCGAAAGAUGGGAAAGUACACGGGGAUUAGCUCAGAAUGUGCUAUACCAGCAGACAGUAGGGAUGUUUUGCCGAUAGCGAAACGGGCACCGAUUAUGGCUCAAGUGGUUAUUGGGACCCCUGGCACAAUUAAUAAGUGGAUGACUUUUAAGAAACUUGGGGUGACAAGUUUGAAGAUUCUUGUUUUUGAUGAGGCUGAUCAAAUGCUUGCUGAGGAUGGAUUUAAAGAUGAUUCCCUGAGGAUAAUGAAAGGAAUAGAAAAAUUCAAUUCUAACUGUCAGGUUCUUCUGUUUUCUGCUACAUUCAAUGACAUUGUCCAGAUUUUUGUUUCGAGAACAGUUAAGCAGGAUUAUAAUACACUUUUUGUGAAGGAACUAUCUUUAGAUGCCGUAAAGCAAUAUAAAGUUCAUUGUCCUGAUGAACUCUCUAAGAUUGAAAUGAAAAAAGAUUACAUACUCGAAAUAGGAGAGAAUCUGGGGCAAACUAUAAUAUUUGUGCGCACAAGAAAUAGUGCAAAAAUGUUACAUAAAUCACUUGUCGAAAUAGGAGAGAAUCUGGGGCAAACUAUAAUAAUUGUGCGCACAAGAAAUAGUGCAAAAAUGUUACAUAAUUCACUUGUUGUCGCUCCUGUUGUCGCUCCCGUCGCCCCAAGUAAGGGAGUCGACAAGGGAAAAAGGAAAGUGGUGAACAUUGUUAAAAGGAAGGUCCGGUCUGCAGCGGACAUUCCUGCCGAGGAGCUUGCUAGGAGGACUGGCAGCCCGGUUAUUAAGGAUGUGCAGAGAAUGCCCAGAGUUUGGCGGUCAACCCUUCUGCACCUGAAGUUAUUCCUCCUAAACCAACGGCUUCUGGAAGGAAGAGGGUUGCUAGCGAGGAUUUAA